AUGUCUGACUUUGGCGACGAUGUCGACGCCGGCAUGGAUGAGCCCAUGUACGACGAGGAAGAGGCGGGCGAAUACUGGGAGGAAGACGCCGCCGAUGAGAAUGAUGGCGACAAGGCCAAUGUGGAUGAGCAAGACAAUGUGGUCAUAUCCGGAGAUGCCGCUGCCGCUGCCGCCGCCGCGGGAAGACUGCGCCUAAAUCUAUGA